AUGGCAUCUAAAAUCAAUAGUUCAAUAAACUUGAGUGCUUGUGUCGGAUUGGGAGAGACCGUAGCUGCCAAUGUUCGGAAUAGCAUAAAAAUAGAACAUGAUCGACUUGAUCUUUAUGCAGGCAAAGAUUUUUUUGAUGAUGAAAAUUUUCGAGCUGCUCUUGAACGUAUGAAUGGUGGCUAUGAUAUCGCUCAAGAUCUAAUUCACAUGUUAGAAGAUUAUUGUCAAAUCGAUCUAAAUCAUGUUCAAAAUCUCUUAUCAUUCAGUCGAAAAUGGAUUAAACAUAUAAAAAAUCAACCCAUAAUCUCAUCGUAUCAUACAACUAAACGUGCUCAAAUUGAUACAAUCCAUAUUGCAAAAGAUCUUGCAUAUAUUGAUGAUAAUCGUUGCAAUGCUUUGCAAGAUAUAAUUAAUAAUUAUCGUAGACUUAUCGAUGAAACUUACAUGCGUGUUCAUUUCACACGUCGUUAUGAACAUUGUCGAUAUCGUGAAUUCAAAAAACUCUUCAAACAUGCUCACAUUUCUGUAGUUAAUGCAAAAACAAAUCUCGACAAAUUACGUGAUCAAAUUCAUCGCAUAGAACAGACUAUUCUGAAUGCAGAUAAAAAUUUUGAAAAAAUGUCAAAUGAUGAAGUUACUAAUGAAAAAAACCUAAUGAAAAAAUCAAUUAUUCAUACCAAAUACGAAACUGAAUUAAAGCGAAUUGAAGCAAAAAUGAAAAAAGCUGAAGAAAUCUAUAUUAAUACUAAACAAGAAUAUCGAAAGAAAGCAAAAGAGAUUUUUUCCCAAUGUCAACAAAUUGAAAAACAACGUCUGGAACAAAUUCGAGAAAUUCUUCUUGUAUUUAUUCGCACGAUGCAUAUACGAAAUUAUGUUUCUGAAAUCGAAAAAAUCUAUGAUGAACUUAUCACCAAUAUCAUUAUUCAACAAAAUCCAUUGGCAGAUUUGAUUUUUUGGGCACACACCUAUGGUAUUGACGACAAUGAAAAUAUUUUAGUUCCUUUGUCAAAUGUCGAAUUGCAAACAACGAUCAACGAUGAACUCCGAAUUACAAUUGCACCUACAACGGUUGAAAGUAGUGUCAUAGAUGACAGCGAUGAAGAGCACAAAUCUAAAGAUAAACAAUAA